AUGGAUCCCGACUGGGUGGCCAGAGGGAAGCUCGACGGAAACACUGAAUAUCAUGCUCAAUAUCCUGGAAAGGCAGCUCAAAGGUCAAAGGCCAUUCGACCUGCGGAAACGCUCUUGAAUUCAGGAGAAUUCAAUGGAGUAACAACAAAUAGAGCGGACUUUUCUGAGAAGCACGGGACGCGAAGUCGCGCUAUUCGACCGGCGGUGACCGCGCUUCAAAGCGGAGAAUUCAACGGCAACACGACUAACAAGACUGAUUACAAUAGAAAGCAGGCUGAGAGGGCGGCAGCGUUCAGACCUCAUGAGACUGCUGUCGGUGGUGGUGAAUUCACAGGAGCUACCACCAAUAGAACGGAUUUCGACAGGAAGGAAGUGAGUGCGGUCCUGCAGCGGAAGUGA